UAAGCAGCUUAAUAGGUACGCUCCCGGCAUUUUUUUGUUAUCAAACAAUAGGUUUGAAAAAUAUAAAUAGUGAUUUGUUCCUGCAGUCGUGACUAGUGUAUGUGUGGGUCUUCCCUCGUGAGUGUUUCUUUGUUUGUUCGGCUUUAACAAUUUAAUUCGAAAUGGCUGUAGAAUUGUCCGCAGGUUCUAUAAACGUAUGUAUUAUGUUAAUAAUAUUACAUUUUACUAUUUCCAAUACAUUAGAUUUAAAUUACGCGAGUUAUAAAAUGUAUAAACUUGAUUAAUAAUAAAAUAUUUUGUAAUUUUUUUCCAUGCUGUAGGAUCUGUGUAACGGUGUCAAUGCACGACAGCCAAUCAUACUGCAAUUACUGGUGAGUUACGUAGUAUUUUGCAUAAUAUAAAACUGUAGCUGAUAUGUACCAACAUUUACUUAAAAUUCGUUUUUCAGGGUUAUGAAGUUUUACAAAUGGGAACCGACAAUAGAUAUUACUAUCGCCUUGUGUUAUCGGAUGGUGUUCACAUGAACUCUUAUUUCUUCUUGGACCACAGACUAAACGAUUUGAUAAAUCAAGGACAAUUGAACUACGGAAUGAUAAUAAAAAUUGAAGAUUUUAGAUUCGUGGAUGGUGAUAGUUAUACUGAUCACAGCCCCAGGUUAGAACAAUAUCAUUAAAUAUUAAUUAACACCUUGUUUGCCAUGUGUACUUUUUGUACAAUGGAAACUUGCCUUACAUGUAUAGUUAUGUUUUUGUAUGUACCUAUGUCAAAAUGUAAAAAUAAAAAAAUAUUCAAUAAUUAAAAUUGUUUUUUGGCAUUAUUUCUUAUUAACACUUCCGUAUCAGGUUCAUGAAUUUAUAAACAGUGAAUCCAAGAAGGUCUAUGUACAUGAAAGUAAGUAUAGCAAUUUAAUGUAUUUAUUGUAUUCUUGUAGAUGGACUAUAUUUAUUGAGAGACUAACCAUAUUGGUACACAGACAAGCUUUCGGUUAUCCACAACCCUUGAUAAAUAUCGAACAGAUGAAAAAGCCAUUAGUAAAUUUAAAUUUAAAUGGAUAUCCAAGUAGAGUGUUCUAUAGUACUGAACAGUUGGAACGCAGUCUUAUAAAGAUUGAAGAUGUGAAGAAAUUAUUGAGCGGGUAAUAAUUUUAUGUUGUACUUACUGUAUUCAUUUAAAAAAUAAAUAUUAUUUGUUUAAUGUUCUAGAAAAUGUACUAGUAUGCUAAAGUUGACUCUCAUUAGAAAACGUCCAGUAUUAUCAUUUAGUAGUUGUCGAAUUUUGAACAUGACAAUGGGAGAUGGGGUUAAUAUUAUACAUGUCAGUGCGUUUAAUUCUAUUUGCGAUCGCAUGGAUCAAAUAUUAGAGGUACUUUAAAAAUUAUAAUAAUAAUAAUAAUUGUGUUAAUAUAUAUUUUUUUUUAUUUUUAAGGAAAAUAAAACAUAUUAUAUAACGGAUGUAGUCUGGAAACAAAAACCGUCUGCUUGUGAACUAAAACUUCAAUCUUAUUCUGUUGUAAUAGAAUGUUUGUAUGACACACCUAAUGAUGAAUCUACUGAAUCAAUUAAUUUUGAUAUACUAUUACAAAAAGAUCCGAAUUCAUUUUACGGUAAAAAAUUAAUAAUAAUGUUCAUAGAAUCAACUGCAAUAUAUUAUUAAAUACAUUUUUUUUUUUUCAGACUUAAUUGGAGUUUGUAUAGAAGUUGGUGAUGUUGAAAUGUGUAACCAACCAACUCUUCAAAGGGAUAUUCAAAAACGUGAGAUUAUACUGAUUGACUCAACUAUGACAACGGUUUGUUUAAAUUUAUAGUUUUUCCUAUUUUAAAGAGAUUGCACAAAUAAAAUUCAAUAAUUAAAAUCAGUGUAAUCAACACAACACAUGUUUAAAUCUUGUAAAUUAUCUUAUAUAAAGUUAGAUAUUUUCAAAUUUGUAAUAGGAUUAAAAAAUGUGUUGAAAAUAAAUUAAUUUAAUCAGUCAUUUUGUAUCUAAUACUCUUAAUUGCAUUUGAUAAAAACAAUAAAUUUAUAAAUUAUUAAUAUGAUACAUUUAAAUUAUUAAUAUUAUACAGGAAUAAAAUGUAUUGGGGUUUCUUAAAAAAAAAACAACAAAUAGUAUAAUAAUUUAUUUUUUUUAUAUAUGAAAAAAAAAACUACUAUUUAAAUUUAUAAUUUUUCUAUUUCCUACUUUUAGUAUUACAAAUUACAGUGUACUCCCGAUUAUCCGCGAGCGGAUUAUUCGCGUUGCGGAUUAUCCGCUGUCUUCCACGGAAUCAUCUACAUACCUAUAUGUAUACAAAAAAAUAUAUACGUAUUGUAUCUUUCCAAGAAAGUUGUGAAUUUGGCAUAGUCGAUAACUCGAUAACAACGUAAAAUACGCUUUAUUAAUACACAUUAUGUUAUGUUCCUUUAAUACUAGACCCUCGAUAAUAUUAUUAUCGGAUUAUCCGCGGAAUUUGUUUAUCCGUGGAUAUCCUGCCAUCCUAUUCCACGGAUAAUCGGGAGUACACUGUAUGCUGAAUGGCAUACUGCAGUCGUAAAUACAUUUGCAUCAAUGAUUAAUUAAAUUUGGAUAUUAAGGGUUGUGUUUACUAUUCAAUGUUUUGUAAAAUAAAAAUAUAUACCUUUCUAAUUGAUAAAAUAUUAUGAUCAUUGUUUGUUUUAGAUCACAUUAAAAGUGUGGGGUGAAAAUGUUAACUUGUUCAAUCAGAGCUUCGAUUAUCCCCCAGUAGUUUCGGUUAAAAAUGCAGUUCUUAAACAAUUCAACGGAGAAAAAUAUUUUUCAUUGGUAAAAUUUAGUACGAUAACACUCAAUCCAAAUACAGACAAAGCUCGAGAGUUAGAAGAUUGGUAUAGUAAUGUAGUUUCAAUGGGAGACUUUUAAAUUAUGUUCAAGUAGUAUAACCAUUAAUUAUUUUUUGUUUUUUUUUUUCUUACACAAGUAUGUAUUAAUUGUAUUUUUUCCUACACAAUUAUGUAUUUAUUAUUUAUUGUAUUUUUCAACUUGACUAUGCAUUUAUUUGAAUUCAAUUUCUCAUUAAUAGUAUAAGAUUAGUCAAUCACCAUAAGAUGUAAAUAAAUAUAUAUUUAUACCUAUUAAAAUAUUAUAAUAAUUUAUAUUAAAAUAAAACUUUUUUGAAUGCAGUAUAA